AUGGGUGCAAUAAAAUUUGUCCUUGCUGGUGCCAACAUAAUGUGUCCUGGGCUUACAUCUCCUGGGGGUGCUUUGGAUGAUGAAGUGGCUGAAGAAACUCCUGUGGCUAUAAUGGCUGAAGGAAAGCAACAUGCUCUAGCUAUUGGCUUUACAAAGAUGUCCGUGAAAGAUAUAAGGGCCAUCAACAAGGGAAUUGGUGUGGAUAAUAUGCAUUAUCUAAAUGAUGGCCUUUGGAAGAUGGAGAGUCUAAAUUGA